AUGUUUAGAGCACUUGAAGAACAACUUGACAGGAAAGUUCGAGAAAAACAAAAGAUUAGUCGAACUGUUUAUAUUGUUGAAAAACGUCUUUGUCAUGCGACAGCUCUUGUUGAUGAACCUCAUAAACAAGCCGAUACUUAUAAAGAAGAAACUGAAGAAACAAGUACACGAGUGUGUUAUAUGAAACGACGAGAAGAAGAAGUAACGCAAAUGAAACAAUUUUUACGUGAAGGUUUACAAGAAAACGUUUCAAAUGAAGGAAAUCCAAUUUAUCAACGCAGCUGUGCUGAUGGAAAAAAUGAUUCAAUACAUUUGAGAUACCAAAUCGAUAUCGAUAUCAAUGUAACUGUGGACAAAUUAAAUGAUUUAUUACAUUCAUUAGUUAAUCAACUUCUUAUUAAAUUAAACAAUGUUAAUAGAUGGAAUAUUGGAAAUAAAGAUACUAAUUCUUAUUAUCAUACUUCAUCUCCAAAUAAUUCAUCAAACAAUUUACCACAUAUAUUAUCAAAACGUAUACAAGGACCUGGUGAAAUGAUGUAUAGCACAUAUAAUCUUCAACCACCACAAUACACAUAUAUGAAUGGACCAACGCCACAUCAUUUUCCUCAACAAGUUUUGAAUUCUGAUUCAUCACAAAGUAAUACUAUGGCACUACCACCACCAAUGCCUAAUUAUCCAUCUUCAUUCUUCGUUAAUGAUGACAAUUAUACGAUUAAUCAAUCACAACCACCACCACGUCUUCCAUCACAAGAAUAUAUGAAUCAUCUAAUAAUGAUUGGUCAAUCUCCACAAGAUGAUCCAUGCCAUCAAAGUCCAUCACAACAACCACUACAUAUUCCAUCAGUAUCAUCGUAUGGCACUCAAAAUUCACUAGCAUAUGAAAAAUAUUAUCCAGCAUCAAAUGUUCCACCUGUUGAACAUUCAUCAACUCAAAAUUUAUAUAAAAGAAAUGAAGGAUUUCAAGCAUCAUAUCCUCAAAUAUUUACUCGUCGUCCUUCAAUAUAUCAUGAUGAUGAUGAUCGGGCAAUAUCUCAACAAUUAUUUCAUUCAACAAAUUAUUCUUUACCAUUAUCUAAUCAACAACAACAACAACAAUACGGUCGAUUUUCAUCUUUAUUGCCUCCAAAUUUCAGACCGCUUCAUACACAUCAACAACUAUCAUCAUCACAUCAAACACCAUUCUAUCCUUCACUACCACCACCAUUAUUACCAAAUCAAUAUGAUGAACAACUAAUGCCUAUCGGUGCUAUGAAUACAAUAGAUAAUCUUCAACAAAUAGCCAGCUCAAUGACUGGUUUAAGUCAAAAUUGUUCAAAUAAUCGAAAUAAUCGUAAUGAUACUCAAUUAUUAUUUCAACAACAACAAUCAUCGAUACCUCCACCAUUGAACGAUAAUAAUUCAAAAUCAAUUGAUUUUGAAUAA